AUGGCGCCCAAGCGACGAAUGGGAAGUAUCGUUGCGUUGGCGGUGGCUUUGAUCUGCUGCCAGAUGGCCAGAACUUUCGUCUUGCGAAGCGGGGGCCUGAGUGACAACUCCUUGGUAAACUCCGCACCCCUCCGUGCUCCGCUCGAGAAUGCGGGAGACAUGGGGACACGGCUGCAUGGGGAAGGCUGCCUGAAGAGCCCAGGUUCCAGGGUCAACCACAGCCCCCAACACUUCGAGCACGCGCGGCGGAGUGUCUUUCAGAUUUUUUCGGCGGGGGCGGUGGGCUUCAGCCCUGGAUCCUUCGAAGCGGCAGAUGCGGCAGCUUCAGCUCCUUCCAAGUGGGCGGGGCGCUGGGACGAUCCCGAUGCUCCGGGAUGCAAGCGUGAGAUCGUGAUGAACUUCGAUGGUACCAAGGGCCGGCUCACAGGUGCAGAGUCUACAGGGAUGAACCCAGGCCUGACGGCAGUCGAGAUGGCCCGUGAGAAACGGCUCGUGGACUCCAAGAAGGGAUGUGCGCGCGGCGACUCGCUCAAGUUCUGGGAGGCCAAGCUUUCAUCUCCCGGCAAAGACUCCAACGAGCUGACCAUUGACCUGUCCAAGUCAGGCAUUCCCGGUCCCAAGGAGGUCGUGGCAAAAUGGGAUGGCAGUGGCAUUGUGUUCCCAGAUGGAUCGAAGUGGACGCGUGGAGGCACCAUUGCCGGAGGCAGAGGCAGCUGA